AUGCCUGAGCAAUUGGUAAUGGACCAUGAGAAAGCGCAAGACCCUCCUAAGGGAUUCUUCGAGAGAUCUUCAUCGAAGCCUAACUUAGGAUCCUUAGAUGAGUACAAGGAGAUGUAUAAGCAGUCUAUUGAGGAUCCUGCCACCUUUUUUGGAGAACAGGCCAAGAAGCUUUUGGCCUGGGAUCGUCCUUUUGACAUUGCUCGCCAUCCUGAAUCGAUCAAGGAUGACUUUAAGGAUGGUGACUUGCCUGCCUGGUUCUUGGGUGGCCAAUUGAAUGCUUGCUACAAUGCCGUUGAUCGUUGGGCAAUCGAAACUCCAGACAAGGCGGCCAUUAUUUACGAAGGUGAUGAGCCAGAUACUGGUGCUAUAAUCACAUACGCAGAGUUGUUGAAACAAGUUUGCAAGUUGGCUGCUGCUUUGGUGAAAUUGGGAGUGAAGAAGGGCGACACUGUCGCUGUUUACUUGCCUAUGAUCCCAGAAGCCAUUGUCACAUUGUUGGCAAUCACACGUAUUGGUGCCGUACACUCGGUUGUGUUCGCAGGCUUCUCUUCAACUUCGUUGAAAGACAGAAUUGUGGAUGCUGACUCUAGACUCGUGAUCACAGCUGACGAGUCAAAGCGUGGAGGCAAGACUAUCGAGACAAAGAAGAUUGUUGACGAAGCACUCAAGGAGUUGCCUCAAGUUCGCAACGUUCUUGUUUUCAAGCGUACUGGAAGUUCUCAUGUUCCUUUCAACGCUGGAAGAGACUUGUGGUGGCACGAAGAAUUAGCCAAGUAUGGAAACUAUUUCCCUCCAACUCCUGUGAACUCGGAGGAUCCAUUGUUCUUGUUGUACACUUCUGGAUCUACAGGAAAGCCUAAGGGUAUUCAACACAACACUGCUGGAUACUUGUUGGGUGCGUUGUUGACUACCAAGUACACUUUUGAUGUUCACCAAGAUGAUAUUCUCUUCACCGCUGGUGAUGUAGGCUGGAUUACCGGUCACACUUAUGUCGUCUACGGUCCUUUGCUUAACGGUGCUACUACCGUUGUAUUUGAAGGUACCCCUGCUUACCCCGACUUCUCCCGUUACUGGCAGAUUGUUGACAAGUACAAGGUUAACCAAUUUUAUGUUGCUCCAACUGCUUUGCGUUUGUUGAAGAGGGCUGGUACCUCCUUCAUCGAGAAGUACAAGUUAGAUUCGAUCAGGGUUUUAGGAUCUGUUGGAGAGCCCAUUGCUGCCGAAGUUUGGCACUGGUACAAUGACAACAUUGGCCGUGGCAAGGCCCAUAUUGUUGACACUUACUGGCAGACCGAAUCCGGCUCUCACUUGUUGACUCCACUCUCUGGUAUCACCCCUACAAAGCCAGGCUCUGCUUCGUUGCCUUUCUUCGGUAUCGAUGCCCACAUCUUGGACCCUGUCACUGGCGAGGAGCUCCUUGAGGACGGAGUCGAAGGUGUUUUGGCAAUUAAGAAUGCUUGGCCAUCCAUUGCAAGAGGUAUCUUCAAUGACUACAACCGUUUCAUUGAUACGUACCUUGGAGCAUACCCAGGAUACUAUUUUACCGGCGAUGGCGCUGCGCGUGACAAAGAUGGCUUCUACUGGAUCUUGGGUCGUGUUGACGAUGUUGUGAACGUUUCUGGACACAGAUUGUCAACUGCUGAGAUCGAAGCCGCCUUGAUUGAACACCAGAUGGUUGCUGAAAGUGCUGUCGUCGGCUAUGCCGAUGAAUUAACUGGCCAGGCUGUUGCCGCAUACGUUUCCUUGAAAUCUAACUUCAAGGCAGACGAUAAGGAGUCGAUCGAUGCUGUGAAGAAAGAGUUAAUUUUAACUGUGAGAAAGGAAAUUGGUCCUUUCGCAGCUCCAAAGUUGAUCUUGUUGGUUGAUGAUUUGCCAAAGACUCGUUCCGGAAAGAUUAUGAGAAGAAUCUUACGUAAGGUUUUGGCUGGAGAAGAAGAUCAAUUGGGUGAUAUUUCCACUUUGUCCAACCCUGGUGUUGUUCUGCAGAUCAUUGACGUGGUUAAGCUGACCAGGAAGUAA